AUCGUCAGAAGUGCUGCAACGGAAAAUUUCUUUGUGAAAUAAGCCGAAAACUUCAACAUGAUGGUCUUAUUGUUUAUUCCUGUUCUGCUUCUUUGUGGACAAAUGGUUGCUGUCAAAGGAGACUGUAAUCAAAAACUUGAGAAUGGCCUAUUUGAUGACCUUAUUCAGAUGAUGCUGAAAAUCAGGGGACCUGUGAAUUCAGGUCGUGACCAUUUACCCAAGGGAAAAGACUUUCCUGCUUUUACAGCAUACAGAGCAUCUAGACAAUCAUUGUCUGUGAAUACUGUUGUCAAGUUCGAUAAAGUUUGGACAAAUAAUGGAAACGGAUACAACCCCAGUAGCGGUGUUUUUACAGCACCAAUGGCAGGACUGUAUCAUUUUGCAGCAGUGGUAAUGUCUACGGAUGGAAAAACCUUGUUUGUAAGGCUCUUUAACAACAACGCUAAGAUAACAUCAAGCUAUAUCACUAGUACGGGAUACAAGACGGGAACGUUUGAUGUGGUGUUGACGUUGGAGAAAGGAGACAAGGUAUCCAUUAAAUCCGGUCAUAACAGUCAGACCAUUUACAGUGACAGCGAUAACUACUGUACCUUUUCAGGAAACCUAAUUGCCCUGUGAAUAAUAAAAUGAUGAUACUACA